UUGACAUCACCGUUCGCCACUUGUAAAUAAUUCAAUUAAAAACAAAGAACCAACUCGGCUGGCAGCAAGUCGACUGUGCGGAAGCAGCUUAAGUAGCUUCCACUAGCUGUGGUGUUUAAUCUAGUUGUAUGUGAUGAUAGUUCUUGCCUUGUGAUAGUUGAGAGUAUUGCGUGCUACGAAGAAAGUCAUCGUCAAUUCGAAAAUGCGUUCCGCCAUCGUCGGGCACCGUGUCUCGGUGGAGACCCUGAAUGUGGCCACGAGUGGGGGUGGGUCGGUCGAGGACGAUCCGGACAGCACGGUGGAGGCUUUCGAGCAAAGUACGUUGACCAUUAAAGCCAAUGUCCAGCAAGGUAGUCGGAAAAAUCAGGAGUUUGUAUAUUUACGCAUCUGGCAGCGUCCGUCCCGUCGCCCACUGCCAACCGGUGGCAACGUCGAGCUGUGCUUCGAAAUCCCGUUCGCCCGUGUGCUUCCGUCAGAUCCCGCUCCAUCCUCCGAUGGCGAUGCUGCUGGUUCUUCCGGAACGGCUGCCACCGCCGCCGUUACCUCCUCCUCCACGGCCGGUGGCAAGAAAUACGUCAUCUACGACGUGAACGUGCGAUUGGACGGACCGGAACCGGAUCCCCACCCGACGAGCAUCGAGCGCCGUUACACGCACUUUUUGCGACUUUACGACGGCUUGCGGAAGCAAUGUCCGCAGCUGCUGCAGGGCGUGGCCUUUCCGAAGAAGGUGCUGAUGGGGAAUUUUAGCGCGGAGCUGAUCGGCGAACGGAGUGCAGCCUUCGAGAGCUUCCUGGACUACAUUGUGACGGUGCCUUCGCUGCGUGAAUCGGAGCAUUUUCUAGAAUUUUUACAGGGCGACGAGCUGCGGCGGGCCUGCCAGCUGCUGGACGAGCGCCGGAACGAGUUCGCGGUGCCACUGUUGGAGAGCACGUUCCGCAUUCUGAACAAGAUCUUCCUGGACAAGUCCAAGUGUGUGCUGUUGCUGCUGUGCCGGCUGGUGGCCGCCUGUACGACCUCGCCCAUUCCGCACCCGGAGUCGGAAAAGUGGGCCGAGUUGGCGCUGCGGCGGUACGAGCACGUGUGCGACACGGAUCUGCUGGUGCUGUACAUUCCUCUGCUGCAGACGUGUCUUCAUUUGUGGUGGCAACGGGGUCGCGAUCGAUCGCUUCUCGAAGAACGCCUCGAUGAGAUGGGCAAAAAGGGCAUCAAGGUGAAGGGAGGGCCGACGCUGGCCCAGGCCAUCCAUGCUCUCGAGCCGCGAGCGGAGACCACGUGAAAGCAAGAGACAUUUUGACCAUGACCGUGUGACAAGCAAUAACAAAAAAAAACUGGAUGCAUUACCAACAUUGUGCACUGAAAGUCGUUUAUUAGUUUGAUAAGGAUAAGGUUUUUCUUCCGUUUACGAAAACUCGAUUUUUGUGUUUGAUGUGCCUCUCGUGUGUCGAAUAAGCUCUAUUCGGUGUUUUGGCUGGUCAGGAAAUUAUUUUGAUUCGCAGAGAAUUAUAUGUUUAAAUAUAUCUUAAAAUAAUAAGUUUAGUUAUCUUUAUGUGAUUUUUUUCGUAAAACGUGUCAUCACAAUACAAUAAAUUAUUCAUCAAAUAACAUAACUUACAAAACAUCAAAUAAACGUUGCUUCAGCUCUCAGAAAAAAAUUAAAACAUCGCCAUGAUUGCAAAUAGCAGUUUGUAUGACAAGCAGGUCCGCAGCGCAAGCAUGCAUGUGCUGGCUCGAUUGUUAUCAUAUCAAUUUUUAAAUGCAAUUGUAGUUUGUAGUAUUUGGUAAUAUAUGCAUAACGGUACAAAUAAACGAA